GGGCAGCGAGGGGAUGCACCCCAGCGCGGAGCUCGCUGGCCUCUUCUCUCCUUCCGCACAGUCUGGGUUUCCGCUUCCCUCCCGAGUGCCGGGGGAGAGGGAGCGAGGCCAAGCCUCGUCCGUGCCGCCGUCGCCAUGUGGCCCCCAGACCCGGACCCCGACCUGGACCCCGACCCCGCCGGCCGCUCCCCGCCGGGCGCGCCCGUCCCGGGGCUCCGCGCCCUCUUGCCCGCGCGCGCCUUCCUCUGCUCGCUCAAAGGCCGCCUCCUGCUGGCGGAGUCGGGUCUCUCCUUCAUCACCUUUGUCUGCUAUGUGGCGUCCUCAGCAUCUGCCUUCCUCACAGCGCCCCUGCUGGAGUUCCUGCUGGCCCUCUUCUUCCUCUUUGCUGAUGCCAUGCAGCUGAAUGACAAGUGGCAGGGAUUGUGCUGGCCCAUGAUGGACUUCCUACGCUGUGUCACAGCGGCCCUCAUCUACUUUGCCAUCUCCAUCACAGCUGUCGCCAAAUACUCAGAUGGGGCUUCCAAAGCAGCUGGGGUGUUUGGCUUCUUUGCCACCAUUGUGUUUGCCAUCGACUUCUACCUGAUCUUUAACGACGUGGCCAAAUUCCUCAAACAAGGGGACUCUGCAGACGAGACCACAGCCAACAAGGAGGAAGAAGAGAAUUCCGACUCCGACUCCGACUAAAGGCCUGCCCUGCCCUGGCAACCUGAGCCACGCGGGCCUUCACUCCUGCACUUCUGACCCGCUGGCCGGAGCUUGGCCAGGAGACAGGGUGUGUUGGGAGGGAGGCUGUGACUUCUCAAGCAGCAGCGGGAGUUGCUGAUAGAGCGGGCCUCCUCACAGCCCCAAGGUGAUGUUCCUGAGCCCAGCACACAAGAUGACGCCCUUUGGCUUAGCCUAUCUAACCACUGCACGGGAGGGCAUUGUGAAUAUUCCGCCACUCCUCCACAUUUCUGUCCCACAGACCUUAAGUCCUUUAACCUCUCUGCCAAAAAUAAGCACAAAGGACAAAGCAGAUAGAGCCUUGCUACCCCCAACACAGGAAGCAUCUCAUGGCGGGUGGGGGGAGACAGGAUGGGACAACGGACAAGUAAGACAGAAACCACCAACCACCAUGGAGCCAACCCGCCAGGCCCCAGUGGCUUUUGUCUGCAUUGGUGCCCCUGCUCGCGCCAGACACUUUUGUCAAGAGGGAUCCUUCCAAGAUUCUUUGGUUCAGGGAACCCCAGUUCCCUCUUCAUCCUUGAAGCAGGGAGAAAACUGACCUUUGCCCUGUCAUCUAGGAGAAAGUGGGUCUCGGUGCCCACAGCUGACACCUCACACCCCUGGAGACCAUGUCUUCUCCAGGUGACAUAACUACUCUGGGUCUAAGACUUUCAAAGAAAAGCUCAUAGAGUAGCUUACCAGGUCCAAAAGAUUGGGGUACCAAACAAUGAAAUAGCAUUGACAGCAUCCUGGGUAGCUGGGCAGGCCCAGCCAAACCCUCUCUUUCCCUGGGGGCCCACCAGCAGGCGACAGGCUCUUGGGCACUCAGGACAAUGUGCUUUGAGACACCAGAGCCGGUCUUCUGACCACCUCAUGAGAGGUGAAACAUGCUUUCUGUGUCCCCUAAGGACCUAAUGCUGUGUAUAUAUAUAUAUAUAUCUUCAAUAGGAUUUUUGUAACUUUAUAUAAUUUUUUUACAUAAAAGCUACUUCUUAAAUAGCAUUUCCUGUGUCCCAAGAGGCCUCAUGAAUGAGCCAGAGUUCUGGACCCCUUUUUGAGCAUUUGUGUAACUUUUGUUCUCUUGCAUGUGAAUCUUCUACCCUGAAAAACAACCAUAAUGGAUUAAAUCAAACUGACCACCUGCUUGGAGUACGUGUUUGAAAACAACCUCACACCACCCAGAGCAAUGCUGUCGGGUAUCAUGCUUCCGCACAGACUGCUCGCAUACAUGGUGUGAAUCCUGACAGCUCCAGGCAUCGGCAACAAUCCAUGCGCACUUGCUCCAUGCCAGGCACCCCACUAAGCGUCUCAUGCACGUGUUAUUUAUCCCUCACAGAAACCUGUUUUACAGUCCAGAAAACGGACAGGUUUGGUAACUUUCCCAGGUCACCACAGGUCCUUUGAGGAGGCUCAGGGCCCUCUCACAUGUCAGGAUGACAUCCCCCAGCACCUAUCAGGCAGCUAGACCCUGGAGCUGUCAGGGUUGGAAACUGGUUGCACACGGGACCUCGGACGUGGAUCCUGGCAGGAGCCUGCGUCAGGGUUUUAGCCCAGGCCAAUGGGAAGAAGUGAGGCCUUCUGCUUCAAUUUACACACACAUUCUGAAAAUAUCUAUGAAAGUUGUACGUGCAGAAGCUGAGGGGCACAUGGUGGCUGUUUCUGCUCCAGCUUAGCCCAGCAAAGCCAGCCAAGCUGCCUGUCGACACCUAUACAUACCACAGAGGCCUCGUCCCGCGAGUGGUGGCCGUGUUCAACCUCCACGUAACAGGCCCGUUUCAGGAACAGGGGCCCACAGCUUUCUCAGGGGCAGAAGGGAAGUCAGAGCGGAGAAAGACAAUACCAUUUUUACAUGUCCAUUUAUUAAACAAGAACUCCUUCAUGACAAUUUAAUACAAUAGUAGCGAUUAGUGUUGAGAAAAUCAUUUCCCUCUACAUACAAAAAUACAGAUUUGAACACUAUGAAAACGAUCAGGACAAGUACCAUGAAAAAUUGGUCCUUUAAAAGAAAUAAAGGGGGGAAACUGAGGGCAAUGUGAGGCUUUGCUGUCAGGGACAAAUCAACAAAAGCAAAGGCUUUGGGGCCCCAAAAUCACUCCCAAUGGCCAGUCAAGCCUGAGAGCCGGCAGAGCCCGGAAUGCCCACCCCGGGGCACCCAUGUCGGUGUGAGAAGCCAUGGUGGGGGCUCUGACCAGCCAACAGCAUAAACCAAAGCUUUCCCAAUGGGCAUCCCCUCAGCUGUAUCUAAACUGUUAAAGGAAACAGACUUUUACGAAGCAAAGUGUAAUCGUUAUUUAAAUUAACAUUAUCCUUAAAAGUACCACCGGACCAAGUACCGAUCAGUAAUCAUUAGAGUUAUUAGCCACCUGACUUGACUUCUUUUGUUAGAAAAUAAUUACAUAUUCUGACCCUUCAAAAAGGACAAAAAAGCUACAAUUUCAUGUUUUAAUAAAUCCAUUCCUUCAUUUUGCAAUGGCGCAGCUAGUUUCCUCAAGAUUUUUCUUGACCAGACAGAACUCAUGGCCUGCAGGGGCAGGAGAGCAAAAGGAGCAGCGAGAGUGUUCUCUGUCUUGAUUUCGGCAAGCUCCUCAUAGCAGGGGGUCUGUUUCGUUCAGGCUGAAAACCAGAAAAGGCCACCGGGCCUACCCAGGGCAUCCACAAGUCAAUGUGCGAUCCGAGUGGAACUGGAGAGCAAGUGGAAGGUGAGCCCAGACCAGUGGAACACCCGCAACCCCCGGACCCAGGCAGCAGAGCUGGAGGGGUGGCCUGAGCGUAUCCUGGAAGACAGCAGACCAGGGAACACCCUCAAUGCCCUUUUCACUGUUUUAGACCCAGAGAAGGGAAGUCAGAGCACCAAGGAUGUUCUGUUCUUUUUGUUGUUGUUGUUCUUUUUUAAUGGAACCACUUUCCGCUUACUGUCUAAAGUGAGCAGUGGCUCUCCAAGCUGAACAAGUGGUUUAAAAAUGCCAAAUGCAGUUAUACUGAUUAAUAAUUAUUUCACAGAAAUAUACUCUUCCUCUCAGACUGUUUAAAUAAGCAGAAACAAGAUGUGGAGGGAGAAAGCAGCAGAAAGGAGACAGGAAUAACCAGGGGUGGUUUCUGUUUUUUAAAAUACAUAUGAAGCUUAAAGGGAAAAUGAACAACCUCAAAACCAGCAUUGCUAAAAGCAAUAUUAAAAGGACACAAUCUAAAAUCAUGCUACAAAAAUAGUGUUAUCUGGUUUAACUAAAUGUACAUCUUUUUUUCAAUUCCAUGAUUGACAAGAGUGUUUAUGUGACUGACACACAGAAGGCACCAAAGGUGAAGUGAUUAUUAUUUGUCUUAAAAUAUACAAAGACAGAAAUACCUACUUUUGGGGAAAAAUAGUCAUACGUGUAAUAAAUAGUUUAGUGUUCUUGCCAUGGGUUCCUGAACCCCUACAAAUUUCAACAUAUACAAAUAGUUUCAAUCUCCAGCAUUCUCUUAGAGGGAACCACCUCAAAAUCAAGUUAAAGCACUGGCUUUAUCUAUAUAUAUCAUUUCACCAUGAGGCAGGAUUUGAAAACUCAUUUUUAAAUGUGUUACAGAAUGAAAGCGUUGGAAGCCGGUGGCCCCUCUGCGGGCCUGGGCCAGCUUGGGGCGGCUGUCCAGGCAUCCUGCCCUCACCUUCCCUCAGCCCUUGGACCAGCCAGCUCUCUCUUCAAGCCCCAAAUGUUUGCCUUCCUCACGACUGCAGAGAGGGGGACAGAGUCUUGAAAGCUGUCGAUUCUGGAAAAGGCAGGAAAGCAAAAUGACCCACGGAGGGAAGCAGCCAUCAGUCACACCUGGCCCUGCCUGGCAUGGGCACCAGCUCUCCCCACCGUCCUCAUUUCCUGACGGUCCCUUCAGGCAGCUUGCCUGAUAAAAGGAGACUCAGAUUUGAUAGUUUCAGAUUAUUACUGAAUCCCAUACAAACCAUUAUCAGAAUCAAUUGUGUCACACCAUCUCUCCUCUGCAGCACAAUUAUGAAAAGAAACUCUGGGCCUCGCCCUUAUCCCAUCAACAAAGCUGAUUAAGGUCAUUUGAGACAAGUUCCUCCUCUCAAUGAGAACCAUAGAAGUUGUGAUAGCUCAUUAGAGUCCAGGCUAUUAACCCCUUAAUGAAGGCUCUCCACCUUUGUGUAUAAUGCAUCCCCAACCACACCAGGGAGUCUAGAUAGCAAGUCACCUGAAUUUAAAGUCUUGGCAUUAAAAAUGUAGACAACAAACUAACCCUAAGAAAAAGAUAUAUUAAUGAAGGACCCAUAAUCUAAACUUUAUUCUAGGCAAUUCUUCUAGAUCUAACAGAUAUUGAAGGUAUUUUAUUUCAGAAA